ACCGUUCAAUAAUUUUGCUCUCUUCAUACGGAACUUUGUAAGACUAGGUGUGAACGGAACGCCUGAGCUUACAAAUUUUCAGCCGGUCGAAAAUUCGUCCCGUGCUGUAUUGAAGUAGCCUCACACUUCAUGAUAAGUCAGCACCAAACGAGUGGAACUGAAGCGAUUGCUGCUUUUUCUUUUGUCUCUUUGUUUGCUCUCGCUUCCCUUUUGGUCUUGUACGUUUGACGUUCACAACCCCGAUAUAAAAAAAAACUCGAGAGCUUUCCUGGAAGAGAUAAAUAAAUAAAUAAAUAAAUGGAUCAGCUUUUUUUUUUUAUAUUGUUGCUUGAACUUGUUAUUAUCUCUCUCACCCAGGGUCUUGUUGUGAUGUCAUCGGAACUUGAGGACGUGUUUGGAAGCAUGAUGGUGGGAAGGGUAAGAUUAAGACUGUUUUCACCCUUUACCGGAUAGGUUUUGCGCCGAAUCGAAAACCAUAGCGCAUAAGGUUUCUGUUCACACUGACAUAAUAACGAUGAUUUUGGCGCGAUUUCUGUAACGGAGCGAAGCUGCGCCGAGAGUCACAUAUCAGAUAGGUGGUCGUACUAUACCAGAUCGCAUUUCGCGUCGGCACGAGAAGCUAUCCGAUAAAGCUUGAAGAUAGCUUAAGACUCUCCACAGACAGAAUUGUUCAUCUCGCCCCGGAUCCUCUAUAAUUUCUUUGGUUUAACUUCCCUCAACCUCGGAGACAAUUAAAUAUUUCGAAACUGGCCUAUUUAAAAGGCGAUGUGUCGCCGAUGUUAUAUUUGCGUGUCGUUAACUGCUGACCCUGUUAGCCAAAUGUCAAAUUUGAACUCAUUGAGAGAGUCAUGCUCCUCUCCCUGCCCCAGCUACCCUUUGCUCCCUAACGGUCUUAGACUGCGAGCAAGCUCAGUAUCCCCGAGUCGAGGCUUGCUUGCAGGCUAUGCCGGACUGGACAGCAGCUAUUUUGUAUCUUUUUAUCAACAGGUUCCAAACAUGUGGGCGGCCAAAUCGUACCCUUCCCUGAAACCGCUUGGUAGCUACGUAGCGGACCUAGUAGCGCGCCUAAGGUUUUUCAAGGUAAUUUCUCUUGGCUUUGAUGAUCUCAUAAGAAAAAACUUCCGGGUAUUUAAAAAUGAAGGUCAUUAGGAUUCGAGAGAGGCCUAUAAAGAUGAACACUGGUCGGUGUUAUAUAAGGAAAAUAUCUUAAUAAUUCAAAUGAAACUAUGGUCAUUCUGCUGCAUGGCCGAGAUGGUCACGUGGUGAUUCCUUACGCCAAAAAUCUUCUUUCUCUACUCGAAGGUUUUAGUAAUAUCCACCAUGGUAGAACUAGUGUAUACCGAGCGCCAUCUCCAAUUUACUACUCUACUUUUCUGGUCUUAACAUUUCAGGCGGACAGCUUUUCGCUUUAUUCUCCCCUGCGCGCGUGUGAAACGUUUGCAUUUUGUUGUAGUUCGUUACCAGUUGUUAAACAUGUGAGCGUUUUUAUGUUUGUUCAGACCUGGAUUGAUGAAGGAUCUCCUCCUGUGUUCUGGAUAUCUGGGUUUUAUUUCACUCAGUCCUUUCUCACAGGUUAGUGUGACUGUUGAUUAAAACUAAACUAUUGGAUGAAUUUGAGCCUGAUAGCAAGAAUUAUCAAGAAUGAGAUUUUGCAGUCCCCGCACCAAGUACCCUAUCAUAAUAACGUAAUGUAAUGUAAUACUGUAUUUAAACACACGGAAAAUCACCAACUCCUGACUUUGAACGAUACUUGUAUAUUUCAGGGGCGAUGCAGAAUUUUGCUCGACGCUACAAGAUUCCGAUAGAUCACCUGGGCUUUGAAUUUGAAGUGACAAAUGAGGAGCAAGACAUGAAGCACAAGCCUGUAUGUUUCGCAUGUAAUUAUUUAGUGUGGUUAAAUGACUUAGGAACGCUACUGAAUGGUACUUGCUCGUCCCACCCGUCUCAAAUUUAAAUUCGGAUUCUGGAAUCCAGGAAAUUUCAACUUUUAAAAUCCGGAAUCCUCGGCUUUGGAAUCCGCAAUACAACUCAAGAAUCCGGAAUCCCACAAAGGAAUGGAAUCUGGAAUUCAAGUUCCAUUGACGAGGAAUCUGAAAUCCAGUACCUGGAAUCCGGAACCCACGGGGUGGAAUCCAGAAUCCAAGACUGUCUUGGAUUACCUUACAUGGGACGGGAAUAGUGUUUUGUGGAUCAGGCCCCGGUUGUUCAAACGUUGGAUAGCGCUAUCCAUCGGAUAAAUCACUAUCCAGAGGAUAAGUAUUAGGGAAAUCAAUUACGCUAUCCGCAUAUGAGAUAGCCACUGAAGAGUACGUUCAUAUGUUAGUUGGACUACGAAAAGUACUUCAUCACGUCAGAGAUAGUAGAGCGAGCGAGAUGUAAGACUGCCAACCGCGAGGAAGGUUACAGGCGAAAGGAAGAGAGAAAAUCAUUUUCCCCCUUUUCUCCACGUGUCUGCUUCCUCGUGGGUGGCCAUAUUUCCCUCGCUCUAGUGUCCCAAAGGAUAAGGUACGACUCUGAUCGUAGUCCAAACGGUAUUAUGCUGUACAAGGUGAUUCUAACUUUCAAGUAAGGUGAUAGUCCCAAAGUUUGACCAUUAAAAUGAAAUCUACUGAGUAGUACUUUCCUGCAAUGCUAUUUAUCCCACUGUUCAAAAUCAGUGUUUAUUGCAUGGUGUGACCAUUUGAACGAAAGCUACUCACGACAACUAUCCAGUAGUACUUGUUUUCAUGCUGUUGAACGCGACUCUUCAAAAGCUACUAAGAAACACUUCCCUGUGGAACUGUUAAUCAUGCUAUGCAAGGUAUUUUUUUAACUUUGAGUUUGCGGAUGGAAUGAAGCAGUUUGCUGCCGUAAUGUUUGUUUUUUGUUGUUGUUGUUCAGUACAAACCAAAGUUUUUAUUUUUUUUUCUUGUUCCCCGUUUGGAAGUACGGAGCUUAUAAAAGACGCUUCGAGGAGACAGUCCUCAGAAUUCUUUUUGACAAAAACUGCGCGCUCAAGACGCCAGAUUUAAGUUUAAUUUUGUCCUCAGGUUUUCCUUUGCUACCCGCCGUACGAUUCUGUUUGUAAAGGUAAAACUCCUCUUUAAUCAGCGUUCUGUGAUUUUCUUUUUUUGCCUUGCUUGUUUAUAGGAGGAUGGCGUGUACGUCAAGGGUCUGUUCAUUGAGGGUGCAAGAUGGGACAGACAAAACAAGGUUUGAUUAACUCAUUUCCGUAUCAGUAAAUUGCCGCUUAUAAGCCCUGGGGUGAUAUAUCUUCGUAAGGGGUGUAAGGGGGUCAUAAACGGAGGGGCUUAUAUCCGUGGGGGCUUAUAAACGGAAUAAAAAAAGCGCGCGAAAUAAGCUACACUACAGUGGUGCUGAUCAUCAAAAUACGUUUUGCGUUUACGGGUUUUCAAUUAAGGCUCAAAUCGUCAUAAUAAAUCAAAUUCAUUUCAAUAUAUUUGGAUGAGUUGUAGGGAAGUAUAUCCGGGUUUUUUUUUUACAGGGAGAUGGGCCUAUAACUGGUGGGGGUGGGGGUCAUAUCCGGGAGAGCUUAUAACCGGAUGUUGGGCCGAUAACACGGAGGGGGGAUUUAAAGGGGCAGUUAACGAUAUAUCUAACUUCCUUAGCCCCCGCCCCCAACAAAAAAAAUAGCAGAAUAGAUAGCGAUCCAGUGUGUUGUUGGUUUUUCAGGUUGUCGGUGAGUCACAUCCAAAGAUCCUUUAUGAUCCUGUUCCAAUUGUAUCCUUUGUAAGCGACCUUUUUUUUGAGGUCCUAGUACUAGAGCUACAAUUGCUAACGACUGAGUUAUUUCAGUUUUUUAUUUAUCUGAGCCCAGAUGCCUGACAGCUGCGGGUUGGAGCUAGCACAGGCUUAAAAGUUAAAAUUCCAUCUUUGGGUAUAAUUCGUUUGGUCUAUUUUAGACUGUCAUUUUGGACCGGUGAACCUGGUGACUUAAGACUCGACAACAUUUUAUGAGCUCAAGUAGCAGUUUUAAGAAUGAAAUAUGAAUUCUUAAACUGUUUUGUAAAAUGCUGAACAAUGUCAUGGCGUGGAGGUUCCUUAACAUAUUAACAGAUUUGGCUCAAACCGGGUAAAACUGCGGAUUUCGAGGAAAAGGCGACCUAUUCUUGUCCAGGUAUGAGACUUUUUGUGUAGCUAAUACAAGACGCUAUCAUCGUUCACUCCAUGGUCCGUUUUUUUGCGCUAUUCCAGCACUUUUUUCGCCUACUUACGCAUGAAAAGUUAUUCCAGUGCGUCACACUGUCCCAAUUUCUUUCUGCCUGACGCUUACCCCUUGAAGAGGUGGUUUAUGCUCGAUAAACGUUCGUUACUGUUGUUAAAUAGCAACCAAUGAAGCGGCAUAUCGGUCAUGAUGGCGCAAGCAAAGGGAGGGAGUUGACCUUGGGGCUACCGAGAACAACCUAAGCUAUUGACCAGUGUGGGAUUGUAAUCCAGCUGCCUAAACGGUAAAACAACAUGCCAUGCUGCCUACUAAAGUUAUUACAGUGGAUACUGUUAGUGUAGGGAAAUGCUGCGAUCUGUAACUGUUUAGUGCCUGGGAGGUUAUAAGUUCGAAUCCCGUCGGGAACUCGACAUUUUUUUUUCUCUGUUUCACGCUCUUGGGAUAUCAUUAUUCUUACAUCUUUCUCAUGCACAACCGAGCUUAAAAUUUACCAUCUUUCUUUAUCGGUUCCUAAUUUUGUGGUAUAAAAUCGAGAAUGGCGGCCAUUUCCUCUGUCGCGAAAAUAUAUUUCGUUUUCACGCAGGCUACUUGCCUCAUUUUCUCGUUAAAACCUUGUGAUCGUACACGAAAUGGAAUCUCGACCGCUCUAGAAUACUUUAAUAGAUGAUUAUUUUUAGUUGUAGCUAAGUAAUGGGUUAUUCUGUUGUCUUAGUUUACAAAACAAGCGCUCGCCGUGGCGUUCUUUCUACAACCGGACAUUCUACAAACUAUGUCCUAUCUGUGAACCUGCCGUCCAACAGACCAGAAACCCACUGGGUCGUGAGGGGAGUCGCCAUGUUGUGUCAGCUUGACGACUAGAAUGGCAACACCAUGGGGUAAUAUGGACAGAUAAUGGCCUAAAGUUAAACUUUGUUACGGCAGCACCAUUGAAUAAUAUAGACAGAUGAUGGUCUGAGGUUAAACUAUGUUACCGCAACACCAUUGGGUAAUAUAGACAGAUGAUGGCCUAAGGUUAAACUAUGUUAUCUCAACACCAUUGGGUAAUACGGAC